AUGGAUAUCCCGCAGUCGGCAGAGGGAAUCUCUAGACUUUUGAGAUCUAAAACUAUCAGUACAGCUGAAAUAUAUGACAUAUCCACAAAACUAAUAGAUGGAAGCAUUGAAGUGUAUUUUCCACAGAAAGAGGCAUUCGUUUUGCAACUUCUCGUAGAUAGGUGGAAUGAUCAUAAGAUCAUCGCGUUCAAAACAGACUUUUGCAUGUGGAAGCUAUUCAAUGUUAUGUGGAAACAGAUACAUUCAGAAGAACACAAGAAAAGAAUAUUCAAGAAUCUCAAAUUUAUUCCUCAUUUGAUGCAAACCUUGCAACUAAUAGAUUCUAAUGUUCCAGAGUUUAUUUCAACCCUUGCAGAAACGCUAAGUUUGAUAAAUUCAAGCGUAACUAUUGAUGUUGUCCCAGAACAGGCACAGAUGAUCCUAGCGUGCAUACUUAAUAUGCUAGUCGACAACACAUCGACCGAUUCACAGUUAAGGUCAAAAGCAAUAGGGGAAACGAUUAACUUGACUAAUUUUUCAGAAACCAAAGAUAUCACAGUAAAAACUAGCAAGUCGUUCGCGAUUCAACUUCUAUAUCCCAUCCUACGUUACAGUACACAUUUCUCAGGGACCGCUGAUGAAGAAAUCACCCAAAAAUUAGAAUUUUACAUUGGAGAUUACAUUUUCAGUAGCCCAGCCGGAUCGAUGGAUUUAAUUGAAGUAUUUUUGAACUCCAGCGGAUCAGAACUAGCUGCAGAUGAAUUACAGACGUUUUUCGAUAUUUCGGUACAUUUUUUGUCUAACACUGAUUUUUCGCUACUAGAAUCAAUCUUCACGAGCAUACUGACUAUUCACCCGUCGUUGGCAUCCAAUUUGUUAAAGAAACUUUCUGAGUCAAAGAAAACGAUGUCACAAUCAUUUUUGGAAGGUCUUUUUGAUAAAGUUUUCAAUGACAGCUCCGCAUCAAAUUUCGAUAAUACCUGGAUAUUGAUAAAUCACAUUACAGAUCUCGACAUUGAGGUAGGAAUAUUGAAUACUCAAAAGAUUAUGGACAAGCUGUCAAAAGAAAAUGUAACUCCUAUUACCGUGAGUGUUUGGUCGCAGCUUGUCAAAUGUCACGUUAACGCAAGAGAAUUUGCGAAGUUUCUCAGCAUCUGGGAAAGAUAUCCUACUGUUAAAGGAAACUCAAAUUGUUUCCUAUCAAAUCCUGAAUAUGCCAUGGUGAUUUCCAAAAAUGUGCGUACACUCUCUACCACGCAAAUAAGAGACACCAUGGAUCGCCUACUCUCUGUUAUUCUGGCAAAUAAUCGGAACUCAGAAAUCGCCAUUCAGGCCUUAACAAUUAUAAUAAAAGGACUUCAAGAUCUAUCAUAUGAAAUGUUACCCGAGUUCAGACUAACUAUAGCCAGAAUAUUCGAUUUUGACGAUUACGAAAAUCCAGGAUUUUGGGACAUGUUUUACCAUGUAUUGGAUACUUACGACGAUAUUCUUCCCCCUAAUAAGAUUGAAAAGGUACAACAAGCGAUUACUGCUUGUUCAAAUGGUCAACAACCACCAUCUAACCUCUUUUUCUCUAUAUUUAAGUUCAGAGAACUUGUUGAAUUUGACAUGGAUUCCACGGCAAAAUUAUUCAUUUCGUUUGUUGUUCAUCUUGAGCCCUCGGAACAGUACGAAAUUUUGAAACAGGUUCUUCAGAGAUGGAGCACCAUCAUAAAUUCAUUCUUUCCGAAGAUGGAGUUAAAGCAAAUCGUUAAUAUUUUAACAACUCUUGACAAUGGAAAGCUGAUUAUGGAUCUGAUGAAAGAUGAAGACUUCUUUGAAGAGGAUAAUAUAAUGUAUCAGUUAGUCGAGAUUAUGUUGGAAAAUCUUGAUGACGUCAAAUGGCUGAAAACUCUAGGUCGUAUACCAAUCCAAUGUAUCAAUAAAAACAAUAGAGUAAGAGCGUUGAAUGAUAUAUCGCGCAAAUCAGACCUACGUGAGCCGGACAUCUCUUUAUUGUCCCAUCUUCUAACCAAUCCUACAUUCAAGUCUGCACUCGAGACCGACAUAAUUGUUUUACGGAAGCUGGUGGAUACUGAUGAGCAGACUUAUUCGUUUUCAAAUAAAGUCUAUGAAACUGUGAUCAUUAAUCAUUUAUCACAGAUUAAAGAAAAGAGCAGUUGCGACUUUGUUGUGAAAUUGAUCACCUUUUUAACUUCUUGCAUUAAGAAUGAUUUUGAUUUUACGGCAAUUAAAAUGGCCUUUUAUCUGGUAAAAGUGUCCCCAGCCAAAACAACUGCAAUCACUGCCCUUGGAGAGAAUCUAAUUGAAGCGAUUAUCAAGAAAUUAAAGGGCUUAGCGGACGUGAUUUCAGAAAAUAGCAACCUGUUCUCGUGGUUAUUAAAAGCACUUUUUUAUGUGAGCCCAGAAAGCUCAUCCCAUGCUGAUGGUCAAAUCCGGGGGAUAGUUGAAAGCCUAGCUAAAUUACUCUUGACAUCGUCUAAUUUCGAUCUUGAUGUACUGGCUAACUUCUUUCUAUUGUAUUGUACCGUCUAUGAAGAUGAACUGAGCUAUUUACUGGCACACUAUCUGGUGCUGAGACAAAAAGGAAUAGAACAUGCGAAGUUGAUCAGUGGAGUUAAAUUCUUUAUUCAGCAUCGAUUGUUGGAAGACCCAUCAGAAGCUGAGUUGAGGAAUUUUAAUAAUGGCUUUGUUUCGAUGAUACACUCAUUCCAGAGCAUUGGAGGGGAAUUAACCGAGGCACUUUUUGAAAUUUAUGAAGUCAUUAUUGAAAAUUUGACGAAGGAGAAUAAUUUGGGUACCAAGUUAUUUUGUCAGUCAAUUUCUGAACUUUUCACCCAUUUUCAAACAUCAGUGAUCAAUCAUAAGAGUUCUUUCUUACAUGUUCUCGAAUGUCUAAAUACACUUUUAACCACAAAGCCCUGGUUAUUUUCACAGCAUUGCAUUGAAUCACUGUUUCCUAUGUGCUUAAAGUUCAACUUAAUAUCUAUUACUGAUUGUGACGAAAGUGAUGAUGUUUUUGUUUUGACAAACCGCCUACUGUCAAAUGUGCUUCUGUACCACCGAUACAAAUUGUCUAAUCGACACCACUUGAUUGUUUCCAACAUCUGCAUACUAAUGGAUCUUGUCGUAAGAGAGGCUGAUAGUGGGCUGACAGACGUUUCUGCACGAGCUCUUGCUCGUUUCAUUACGAAUUUUUGUGAGCCUUCCAAUCUUGCUAAAAGCAAUAAGGCUAAGGAGACGUUUAACUCUAGAGUUGCACAGGCAAAAAAAUCUCUCAGGAAAUAUUUGCCAGUUGUAUUAAUCAAGUACAUUAACCUUUCUUUGGUGUGUCCAAUCAAACCACUGGUGAAGCAGGAAUUGGUAGCGGGUAUAUUUUCCAUCUUAGACCUUUUGUCACGUGAUGAGCUGGAAAUUGUCAAUGUCAGUUUAGAUAAUUCCGGAAGAUCAUAUUACAGAGCUUUGUAUGGGGAAUACAAAAGGGUUGGAAAAUGGCGUGAUAGCUGA